CCCACAGUAGACUUGUGUCAUAAACGCCUUCAGGACUGAGUCAUUCAGCAAAACAGGCUGUUACUGGAACCUUUUACCCUCAUGGGUUUAUGCGUAAAGACUUGGGUACAUGAAGCAGCUGAACUCUGCGUCUGGAAAAAAAAACUCCAAGAGCAGAAAACCAACCGAUCUGAGCAGACACAAAGAAAAGACCUCCAGAUGAUCAUUACCUUCUUCACCUGUAAUGUCCGGUAGGCGUCAAAAUGCGUCUUGGCAUCGCGUUGACUUUCAUUGUUAUCGCGUUUUUUCCACUGCUGAUGGAAUGUGCCAAAACCACCUGUCAGAUGCAACAGCCACAUGACUUAAUCAAAGGUCCCUGUCUCGUGAACCUGACUUCAGUCCGUCAGUUUGGGGAUUCUUACUAUGAAUGCGUCACUGUCCAUGUUUGGAUGACGGAUAUAGAGCUCAGUAAUGCCCCGAGGAUUGACAUUCAUCACAUUCAGUCUCUGGGUCAUGAACAGUUCAUCAAAAGCCUUAAGCCUAAAAAGUGUGUCAAGGACAGAAAACUAAAAGCAGGACGAAACAGAUUUUGCUGCCGGGACACACAGCAGUUGACAUAUACUAAUAUCAGUUCGGCCCUGUGGAAGCUGGUAUAUAACUGUGUCAAGACUGAAGUAAGAGACACUGUCCUAGUGUCUUACAGCACUAGAUCUACAAACUGCAGUGCCAAAUACACAGUGACAGAUCCCAUUCCAGACUUUCAUGUGUCUGUAAACAAGUCGUCCAAAUCCUUCACUGUUAGUGCGAUGCCUGGAAACAAAGUACACAUCAGAUGGUGUUACCUAACAAUGUCAGGACGUUGCACUGGUGACGCUGACCUCACUACUAUUGAUCCAUCUCAGACUCCAUCCGCUGUUAUAAACUUCCCUUACCUUCUGCCCUGCACCUGUGUGGAGGCAUAUUACACCUAUAGUGAUGCCAAGCGAUCAUUGCCCAAAUGCCCUCUUAGGAAUACAACCAUUACAGAUGUCAGUGAUGUUUGGUACUCCGCUGAAGUCGAACUGCAUGAACAGCUUCUGGUUUGGAGGUCAAAGUGUCCUGUCAGCGAUGCAAAGAUCUCUGCCUCCCUCUGUUGGAAGCAGCAUGAACACCUCUGCACGCCUGUAUUCAACCUGUCCCAAGUGGAGAAAGAGGAGAGACAUAAACUGAUAUAUAACACAUCUGCUGUGGACAAACACCCUCAGAUGUGUGUCCAGUUUUCUCUACAAGGCAGCCAUAACAUCUCUUGCCCUUUUCAAGCUGACAUGUCAUCAUGGGAGGUGAAUAUCGAGCCAGGCGUGCAGAGGGUAUUUGUUUAUAUUACCUCCUCAGUCGCUGCAAAGUUCUCAGCUCAACUUUGUAUCUUGAAAAGCGAAGGAUGUGCACCCAUUGGAGUGGUUCACUCAGGUAGAAUGGACAAGAAUAAUUCUGCGAUAACUAUAAAUGUUCUUCUGUCCAACGUUACUGAGAGGCCAUGUGUACAGGUGCGGCAGUCAGAUCGCGCUCUUCAUGGGAAAAGAAUCUACUGUCCUGAUUACACACACAACAGGUGUGGCAUGUAUGCGGUGGCAGCUUUGGUGUUUGUGGUUAUUGUUACCUUACUGGGAAUGUUCAUCCACCGUCUCACCAAGAAAGGAGCUGCAGGUUGGCUGUAUAUCCAGAAGCCAGUGUUGUUGGUGUGUUCAUCUGAGCACCCGGCUCACAUCUCUGCUGUUUGUACUUUAGCCUCCAUCCUGCAGGCGGAUCUAGGCGCCACAGUACAUUUGGCUCUCUGGGCCCAAAGCUCACAAAACCAACCUGGGACUGGAGUGGCGGACCUGGGUCCUAUUCCCUGGCUGUAUGGGCAGUGGGAAACUGUGCUCAAAGCACAAGGAAAUGUUCUGAUUAUCUGGACCCCUGAGGCCAAGCAAACCUAUGAGAAGUGGUGGGAUGAAAUGGGAAAAUUGGAUAAAAGUGACAAAAGGAAGGAAGACUACAGCAAGGCAGAGAAGAGGCAUAAAAAACCAAAAGCAGAUGUAGAAGAGAAUUUAAGAUUAAAUGGAUUGAGACCAGGAAAAUGCAAAGAAGAUAAAACUGAGACAAAAAAAGAUAAUAAAACAGACUCAUCUCCCCAGAAUGAGCCUUGUACAGUGGUAGCACCAGUGUUUAGAGCUGCCCUUUCUUGUUUAGCAGGAGCAAUUCAGGAAAACAAAGGUCAAAGGGUGGCCUUUGUCUACAUACAGGGCCAUGGACACAGCAAGGACAUCCCCAGAACCUUCAGAGGUGUCCCUCGAUACUGCUUACCUCAUGAUUUCAGGGGCUUGAUACAGGAGUUAGGAGGGACGACAAGGACAACAGAGAACACAACAUUCAGGUGGCACUGUUGGCCGAGGCUCAUGUCUAAAGUUUUAUCUCUGUGGCUGGCGAGGCAGUUAACCCACAGACUUCAAACACUGCUGCCACAGACACAAGAAAAGAAAAUGAAAGGAGUCAGUGUCACAUCAUCAGAGAAAAUGAAGGGUAAGCUCAAGUUGCCACUGGUGUUCGACACAGAGAGGCCAGGAAGUACUCCAGAGCAGGAGCCUCUGUACCGGUCACCAUGGAGACCGGAGACGCCUCUAUCUCAGGUUUCACCGGCUGGACAGACACAAAUGUUUGUUCUUCUGGAAACAUGAUACACAUGUGUGAAAUGUGAGCUGCUGUUCCACACUGAACACCUCAGAGCCAGUGAAUCCAUACCCUUGUCACGGUCAGAUCUAAAAGGCCACGACUUGUUUUGCAUAUUAAGAAAAACAUAAAGCAUCCUGUAUCAAACACAGUCUGUUUAUUUACAAAAUGUGUGUUUUGAGACUGAAGCCGAACAAAACAGCUGUCUUAUCUCUGUAAAUUUUGUAACCUCUAUGAAAAUCCACUUGCAAAUUUCAUCUCUCUUUCAUUACGAGUCCAUUUAAUGCUUGAAAAUGUAGCACUGAAACAAAAGACUGCUUUUUACAGGGAGUCACAUAUUUGCAUAAGAUCCUCUAAAACACACGCACUGAACCUAACCUGGAUUUUCUAUAUUAGUACAAGUGACAAGAUGAAAUGACUUAUUUUGUAAUGUGUUUUUUUUUGGUUUACCAUUCAACUAAUGUGUUCAUGUCAAAUUUUAAUAUUAUUUUUGUAACCACCAGAAUGAACUUUCUGUUUUUAUUAUGUUUUAUAGCAAAUAGCUGGUUUUUGUCUGGCAUUUUGUCACACAGUAUGCACACACAUGCUACCUCCUUUUUUUCAAAAACAAACCGUAAAGUCUCAUUUUAUUUGCUUAUCAUACAGUUUAAUAGUAGCCAGCAGCAAAUGAUCGAGAUAAAAGUACAGCAUAGAGCAUUUUAUGUUGUUAUCAGUGUGUGCCGCAAAGAAGACAGUAUUAUUCAAAUAUUAUCAACUGCUUAGAAACACAAGUUACCUCAAAAUUUCAGAGCAUUAUAACAAGAAACCUGCAGCCAGGGUACUUUCCAUCAUCUCCUGUUUUACAGUUCAACGGAAAACUUUAUGCAAAACAACUUUGAACUGUAAAUCCAGAUCCUGUCAACACUGACGAUUCCACUUGUUCUACUCCCUUGAGACACAUGUUCUUCUUUAUAAUUUGUUUGUCUUGCUUGAUGUUGUUUGUUCAUUGUGGAUAUUGUAUGAAAUAAUGACAUUUGAUUAAAAAGUGACUCAUGAUAAUUGUGUUAGACACAAGCUGAAUGUUGUUUUUACAAGACUGGUUGAUAGAAGACAAAGUACAGCAUUUACGGAGUAUUAUAUAGUAUUAAUAACUGAAUUUGAUAAUAUUUUCAUACAGAGACAAAUGGAUUUCUUCUUCCAAGUCAGUCAUGUAACCAGAAUUAAUGUCCACUUCAGUCUAUAUUAUUGAGUUCACUGCUAGAGCUUGCAAUCAUUUCCUCCAUUUUGAAACAAAGACAAAGACAUGAGUCCUUCCUUGAUAUAAUAUCCAAGUCUUACCAAACUAACCUCUAUAAUCAGUGACUUUCAUAUGGAAAUAAAAGGAGACUCAUUAAUGCCAUCAUAUUAAUCAAUUUUUUUUUUUUUUUUGCAUUUUAUCACCAUGAAGUUAGUAACAACUAGUAUUAGAAUAUGUUAAAAUGUGAGAAAACAUCCGAAUAGCUGC